GACGGGAGGAAGUGACGUAACCACCUUCUUCCGGUGCGCCGGAUUAUGAAUGACGGCAGGUGCUGCUGUUUCCCCGGCGCUGCUUCUGUUGUUUUUUUCCCUGCCGCGUGGAGCUGCGAGCGGUCUGCAGGCGAAGACUUCCUAAAGCGACCUCGGGAAACCCGGCUCGGGCGGGGCGGGAAUGCGCUGGCGGCCAGUGUUGACACGUUCACGCACCCUCCCUGCCUGGCCGCGCCUCUGCGACCAGGAUCUCAACGAAGGAAGAGAAUGAAAGGCAUUAAGAAAAGUCUUACAGAGGAAUAUCUGUACUUGGAAUUGUCUCAACAAAUAGGAGGGUACAUCUUUCCUCUUCAUACGUCUGUAACUUUAUUUUUGUUAUCAUACUGUGACUGCAAAAUCUUUAAAGUUUGCUUAGUUCUCACCACAGAAAGCACCGAUGUCUCACUGCUUAGAAGUGUACUGUCCAAGGAUGUUGAAAUACAUAUUACUUCAAGGCAGGAGCUUCCACCAGUAGUCCAGAAUUGCCGUUUACCUGCCGUGGUAGAAAGACCAGACAGUUUCUGUAGGGCAGGACUUGCUGUUGUAUUGAGACACAUAAUCCAGAAAUCAUAUGAAUCAGACCCCUCAAAGAAGGAAAUUUUGGAACUUCUGGGUUUUAAGAAGACCUGCUUGAAAGCCUGUGCUGAAGUUAGUCAGUGGACCAGGCUAUGUGAACUUACCAUCCCUGUAGCUAUUGAGAAUUUUCUCAGAGAAUCUUCUGACCAGCCCCCAACCAUCCCUGCCGAAAUACUAGAGCUCGAGAAAAAGCUGAGUGAGCCCGUUAGAGUGCAUAACGAUGACAAACUCCGGCGGCAAAAGCUGAAGCAACAAAAGGCUGCUGGGGCUGGACCUUCCCUUGCUAAGGAGAAAACAAAGAACAAGGUGCAUAGACCGGAAACUUCCGAAGCGGUGGACUCUUCAUCCGCGAGCCUGGAACUGCAAGUGGCCUUAUCAAAGCUCCUGGUACAGGAGGAGUCAGCUCCUGCCAACAGGGAGCCUUCUCACAUCAGAAAAACAAAAGCCUCUGACCUUCCACCUCUGGAGCAUGUGUUUGCAGAAGGCCUUUACUUCACUUUGGCAGAUAUUGUGCUCUUGCCCUGUAUCCAUCACUUUUUGGUAAUUAUCUGCAAGAAACUUCCUGAAAAGCUGGUAGAAUUUCCACUGCUGGCUGCCUGGUACCGGAGGAUUCAGGAAGUGCCAAGAGUUAAAACAGCAGCUUCUCAGUGUGGGAUCCAAUUUCUCCAUUUGCCAGAGUUGCAGACCUCCUCAAAUGAAUGGCAUCCGAACUUAGAUGAGGUCCCAUGUGUAGAGGAGCAAAAUGAUUCUUCAUUUAUAGGAGGACCGAGACCCACUAUGACCAAGUUAAUGGAAAAAGGCAUUGAAGUAAUGUUUUCUCCCCACCCUUGCCCUACUUGGACUCUUGAUUGGAAUACUCUUCCUGCAGCAGUGAGCCCAAAGGAAGGUAAAAUGUCCAGCGAUCGAGCUUUGAGGAAGCAGCAACAGUUAAACAACCUUGUUUAUGUGGUGACAAAUCAGGCCAAACCUGGUGACAGAAUUGUGGAUUUCUGCAGCGGUGGGGGUCAUGUUGGGAUUGUCCUUGCUCACAUGCUGCCAUCGUGCCAGGUUAUAUUAAUAGAAAACAAGGAAUUAUCUCUAAUUCGCGCUAAGAAGAGAAGUGACGAACUAGGUUUAAGCAACAUUUGGUUCAUUCAAGCAAAUAUGGAGUAUUUUACAGGGAUCUUCAAUAUUGGGGUGGCUUUGCAUGCUUGUGGAGUGGCAACAGACAUGGUGAUUGAGCACUGCAUCAAAACCCGGGCUUCCUUCGUCACGUGCCCUUGCUGUUACGGUUUCAUUCAGAACACCUCCAAGUUUAAGUUUCCAAAAAGUGAACAAUUCAAGAAAACUUUAUCAUACAAGGAACACAUGAUUCUGUGUAGGUUUGCAGAUCAGACAGCUGUCCAGCUUCCACCUCAACGAAGGCUCAUAGGAAAACAGUGCAUGUGCCUGGUGGAUUGGAUCGAGCAAGAGCUGCAGAAGAACGUGGCUACUCUGUUCAAGUGAUAUCUAUGGAGCCAGAGAGCUGCUCUCCCAAAAAUAACAUGAUUGUGGGAGUCCCCGUUUAAAACAGAUAUUCGCAUUUGAUGUUUUGCCAUCUAGCUCCCUGAUGAAAGCCCAAUAGCAUUUAGGAGGUCCUUGGCAUAACUGGGAAACAACAUUAGCCAUCUUGAAUCUGUUGUUCUUGGGAAAGAAUACAGCAGGAAAAUCUUGGAGGAAGGCUGCCUGCAAAGCAUCACAAAUGCACUUGUAAUGUGUGAUUAAAGGACCGCUGGUUUUCAUACUGAGCAUCCCCUGAAGUCUCAGCUGCCAGCAGAGUGAUACUCAUGAGAGGAGGUUCCAUCACUGGAAUAACAAUUUCCUUCUCAGUUCACAGCUUUUCUGAUCUUGCCAGUGUGGUGUUCAGCUCAAAACAAUGUACAUGCAGCCUUAUAAUCACUUAGAAAUUCAAAUGAAGACCAAAAGUAGACUCAGUGGGGUUUGUUUGCUUUUUUUUUAUAUUUUUAACAAUGGUACUUAAAAUUUUUUCUUAAUUUAGUCAGGUUGUUACUGUAUGCUUGUAUUUUUAAGCUGGGGUGAGCUAGACUUAUACAUCAUUUCGGACAGUACUUUAAAAUGUAUUUCCCAUAAAUUGCCAAUUGAGAUCGCUGUUCAGACAUUUUAUAUGAAGGUAUUAUAAAAUAACUGCAGUCUAUUUCCCAUGACAGGAACAUGUAAUUUGGACUUAAAUUUUAGCUAAUCAGCAAAUACAUUGAUUUAUUCACUCAAGUUUGUAAAUGAUUAUUGAGGAUCCAUUAUUUUCAAGACCCUGACCUAGAUUCUUCUAAGGAUACAAAGAUGAGUUGCAAGAGACCCGGUGCCUUGCCUGUAGCAGUGAAUCAUGCACGAGAGAAAGAUUCAUGAAGUAGUUAAGUUCUUUGUAUCAUGAUAUAAGGUAUGGUCACAGCAUUUUUUUUUUCAGGUAUCAUUUUUUAUUUAUUUUUUGGUAAAACGCAUGGAGUAUAAAUUGCAGGUGGAAGGAGUAAGUACAGAAGCUUUUUUGAGUAAUUCUCCCACCCAAACUGUCCUUAUUCCACCAGCCAAAGUUUUUAAAAACAGAUAACAUGUCCUUUCUCAGAUGCUGCUGAUUAUUUUUUAUAUGUCCUAGAUUAUUCCAUUGAGAUAAGAAUAUAUUUAAACGAUUUUGGUGUUUUUAACUCCUGUAUGACACAUAGCUUGAGGAGAAAGGGCUUUAACAGAUAACUCAUCGCUGUGGAUUAAAAUACAGGAGCCGUGUAUGAAGGAGACAAGGGUCUGAUCUCUUGCUCUCUGGAGUAAAACUGAAGAAAGAUUAGCCAUCAGCCCUGAGUAUCUUAGUCAUUUGCAGCUGUCAACAUGACGUGCUCUUUUAUCCUGGGCUUUCUUUUCUAAUUGAGCUAUAAUUUAUAGACAAUAAAAUAACAGAUUUUAAGUGUUGUGUUUGAGAAGUUUGACAGCUGUAUAUACUCAGACAACCAGCACCAGAAAUAAGAUAUAGGCUCUUUCUUUUUUAAAUUUAGUUUUAUUGAGGUUGAUUUACAAUGUUUUGUUAAUUUCUGCUCUACAGCAGAGUGAUACAGAAUAUUUCUAUCAACCCAGGAAAUUCUCUCAUGUGCGUUCUGUUCAAUUUCCCCCACCCUAAAUGCAACCACUCUCUGAUUUCUAUCACCCUACAUUUGUUUUGCCUAUUUUUGGCCUUCAUAUAAGUGAAGUCCUUUAGUUUAUAGACUUUUGUGUCCGGCUUCUUUUGCUCAUCAUGAUUUUUUUGAGAAAUACCCACUUUGUUAUGUGUAUCAACAGUUUAUUCUUAUUCCUAAGUAGUACUUCAUUAUAUAAAUAUAUCAAAAUGUGUUUAUCCAUUCUCCUAUUGGUAUUUAUUUGAAUUUUCACUUUGAAGAUGUUAUGGAUAAGGUCUAUGAAUAUUCUUCUUUAAGUCUUUUUGUGGACAUAUAUUUUCAUUUCUCUUGGGUAAAUACCUAGUAGUAGAAUUGCUGGGUCAUUGAAGAAAUGAAUGUCAGUUGCCAAAUAAUUUUCCAGAGUGAUUGUACCAUUUUAUAUUCCCACCAGCAAUGUAUAAAUAUUCCCUUGUCUCCACUUCCUCACCAUUUGAUGUUGUCAUUUUUUUUAAUUAAAAAAACAUUUUUUUGGUCUUUUGUCUAUUUAGGGCCUCACCUGAGGCAUAUGGACGUUCCCAGGCUAGGGGUCGAAUUGGAGCUGUAGCUGCUGGCCUAUGCCACAGUCACAGCAACUUGGGGUCCUUAACCCACUGAGCAAGGCCAGGGAUUGAACCCGUGUCCUCAUGGAUACUAGUCAGGUUCAUUAACCACCUAGCCAUGACAGGAACUCCAAUUUGGUUUUAAGUUUUAUCAUUCUGAUGGACAUGAAAUGGUAUCUCAUUGUGGCUUUAAUUUUCAUUUCUCUGAUGACUAGUGAUGUUAAGCAUCAUCUAUAAAGUAUCUUUUCAAGUCUUUUGUUCAUUUUGAAAAUUAGGUCAAUUUGGGGUUUUUUUAUUGUUGAUUAUAUAUUCUGAAUAUGAGUCCUUUGUCAUCUAUCUGUAUUGAGAAGCUUUUUUUACAGUAUGUGGCUUACUUACUCAUUUGUCAUAUUGAAUGUUUCAAUUUUCAAUAACCCUAACUUGUCUUUAUUUUUCUUUUAUGGUUAAUAUUUUGUGUGUUCUCUAAUAAAUCUUUAUCUACC